GGAGGAAGUUUGGUGAUCAAAUGGAGCUCUUUUCAGCAGCACCAGAUUUGUCGCUUCAGAUCGGCUCUGAUGAUGCCACACCACCAAGUUGGAGAAAACCAGAUGAGACCAUGGAGUUAGGGUUUCGACGGAGGGACGUGUGUGAAUCCCCCACCACUACAACCUACAUUUACCCCAUCAUUGCAUCCGCAGCGAACGCCAACGCUGCCGCCUUUGAGCUCUCCUUGGCGAACACAAAUGGUGCCGUCUCCGUCGAUCACCGCCAUCACCACCCACCACUUCCCGAGGUCUGUCACCAAGAUCAAAGCUGGAUGAAACCCAUAACAGGCAUCCCUAUCUACCAACAUCCACCUUCCUUUCCUUUAGUCGCGCCGCAUCAGCAGCAACACUUGUGUGGGCCUUCUUCUUCCACCCACGGUUUCACACCCUUCAUGGCCAGCCAAAGCUUGUCGAGAUCAAGAUACUUGCCGUCGAGGUUCCCCGGCAGGCGGAGCAUGCGAGCGCCAAGGAUGCGAUGGACUACCGCACUCCAUGCCCGCUUUGUCCAUGCUGUGGAGCUGUUGGGUGGCCAUGAGAGAGCUACACCCAAGUCAGUUCUAGAGCUCAUGGAUGUGAAAGAUCUUACCUUGGCUCAUGUGAAAUCCCACCUGCAGAUGUAUCGAACUCUGAAGAACACUGAUAAAUUAGCAGUUCCAUCAGGUCAAUCUGAUGGGUUUGAGAAUGGAUCAACAAGAGAGAAUUCCGAUGAAAACCCGGCAGGCGUUCGUGAUUUCGACCGAUCAGAAUCAUGGGGACACAGACUCGACCAUGUCGGUGCGCGCCCGAGAGGAAGCAUCUACAAUGGAAUAGCAAGAGAAUCUACUACAGAGAGCAUGCAGCAGUAUAAGGAGGAUGAUCAAUCAGACAGCUUUGAAAUGUUUCUGGAAUUGAAUUCAUCGUUUCUUUCGGAGACAUCAAGCCCGAAUAAGCCGAAUCUUGAGAUCACAUUGGGCAGACCACAUUAGCAUGAGCUUUUCCACAAAAAAGUCUCUCU